AUGGACCGAAGUAAACGGAAUUCAAUAGCAGGAUUUCCACCUCGCUUGGAGCGUGCUGAGGACCUUGACGGUGGCACUGGAGGAGAUGGGACUACAUCCCAGAUAGGAAGAGUUUGGACCUCUUCGUACAGAGCCCUGAUAAGUGCCUUUUCCAGACUUACCCGUCUCGAUGACUUCACGUGUGAGAAAAUUGGCUCUGGUUUCUUCUCUGAGGUAUUCAAGGUAAGACACAGAACUUCAGACCAGGUAAUGGCUUUGAAGAUGAACACGCUGAACAGCAACAGAGCGAACAUGCUGAAAGAGGUUCAACUUAUGAAUAGACUCUCACAUCCAAACAUCUUAAGGUUUAUGGGUGUCUGUGUGCAUCAAGGACAGCUGCACGCACUUACUGAGUACAUCAACUAUGGUAACCUGGAACAGCUAUUAGACAGUAACCAGCAUCUGCCCUGGACAGUGAGGGUGAAACUGGCAUACGACAUCGCUAUGGGAAUCAGUUAUCUUCACUACAAAGGCAUUUUCCAUCGAGACCUUACAUCCAAGAACUGCUUAAUAAAACAUGAUGAGAAUGGAUACUCAGCAAUAGUGGGAGACUUUGGUUUAGCAGAGAAAAUUCCAGAUCACAGUGAGAAGUUACCAGUGGUGGGGUCACCUUUCUGGAUGGCACCAGAAGUUCUCAGAGAUGAACCUUAUAAUGAAAAGGCAGAUGUGUUCUCCUAUGGUAUAAUUCUGUGUGAGAUUAUAGCAAGAAUACAGGCAGAUCCAGACUAUCUCCCUCGCACAGAGAAUUUUGGAUUAGAUUAUGAUGCCUUCCAGCACAUGGUGGGAGACUGUCCCCCUGACUUUCUCCAGCUGGCCUUCAACUGCUGUAAUAUGGAUCCAAAGUUACGUCCUUCAUUUGCUGAUAUUGUCAAAACACUGGAGGAGAUUUUAAACCGCCUGAGAAACGAGGACUCUGAGAGAGACAGAAAGUUUUUGAAUCUUGACAACAAUGAAAGAAAACCCAAAGGGUCAAUUGAAAAAGGACCAGGAGUAAAACGUUUGAGUUCCCUGGACGAUAAGAUCCCACCCAAGUCACCCCGUCCUCGUCGGAAUAUCUGGUUGUCACGUAGCCAAUCGGAUAUCUUCUCCCGCAAGCCUUCCAGGAAGAUAAAUGUGCAGGACCCCUACUACACACCAAACAAAGGAUUAGGCCGGAAAGUUAAUCCCUUCAGUGCCCGGGAGGACCUCAAGGGUGGAAAGAUAAAAUUCUUUGACAUGCCAAGCAAGUCUGUGAUCUCUCUCGUGUUUGACUUGCAUUCUCCAGAGGCAGGUGGUUGCCUGAAAGCCAGCCAGUCCCAAUUCCGGCAGGCAUAUAGCACAGACUGGCAGGAAUUUUCCCUCCUUCCUGGGAGGAGAUGCAGAUCACUUCCAGUCUCUCCUGAAUUGGCACACAAAGAAUAUGGCCUGUUUAGUGGACUGUCUUCAACCAUCAGUAGAUGUGACCCAACCCAGCUAAGUGCAGAGGUUCGGCAAAAGCUCUUGAGUAGCAGUAAAUAUGGUGUGUCAGAGAUUCCCCCCUUUCAAGCCAAGCCUCACAGACCAGAAUUUCUUUCUGUACCAGGACAAGAGGAGGAUAUGGACUGUUCGGAUGGGCCAGUGUCCCAGGAGGAAAAUGGAUUUUACUCUGAGAACACAUGUGAAGACCCAGCACAUAAUCAGCCAUUAGUGUUGGCCCGGUCUGAGCCACUAUCUUACAAAGGGCUCCCAGUUGAGAAUUCAUUGAACUCUGAGGAGCACUCCUCACAGGUGUUUGCUGGUUGUCUCCCUUCUGAAGAGAUGGAGGUGGAAGACAAUCUACUGAAAAAUACACUGCAGGAGUCUACAAAGCCUCUGUUCAGUGUUCGUCCUUCCGCAGAGCUGAGGACAGACGCACGGCCAUUCAGGGAGCAUGAUGGGGACAGCGCUGCCUCGUUGUCUCAGACAUCAUCCAACAUCUCAGCAAGUGGCAGCACACAGCCAACUUGUGACAUAUGAAGAGGGGGUCAAACAGAAUGCGUCCUUGAGGGAACCGUUGUUCCCAGUCACUUAAACUCUGUUCUUCAGUAGUGCUGGGUUCCGUGCUGAAAGGAGACUCAGCAGAUGGUAAAAAUGGGCUGUUGAACAGGUAGCUGUGGACAGCAUCUGAAGAGACCGAUUAUUUUAACUGUAUUUUCAGGCUAUGCUUGUUUCCCUCCUGAUUUGCUUUAGGAAGGGAAACUACUCCAGCCAGCAUCUCCAUGUGAGCCCCAUACCCUAUAGAUGUAGUAGUCAGAAGUAGGCACCACACAAACAGUUUGACCUGGAUUCCAGCAUGGAGCAUUUUGAGGCCUUAAGUUCCAGGUUGAGUAGAAAGAGUGACCCAUAGGUUUUCCCUUUUCCUCUGACUGACCAGCUGCUCUCAACUACUGCAGAUUUUGCGUUAGCAUUCUGCAAGCAGUCUAUGUGAAUCAGCCUCUGUUCUAGAAAUGGGCGCAGAUCUUUCAGAGCUGUGUUAAGCAGAUAGCAAUGCUUUCUCAUCCCAGAGCUGCUGUGAAUGCUGUUGCAGCAUUAAACAAGCUUUUCUUUCAAAAGCAGUGAAAACAAAACCCCUCAUGUUGGUUGCAGUCUGCAGGCUGAGUCACAUGAUAAGUACUUUCCAGUUAACAAGAGGAAUCUGUUCCCUGGUGUUUCGUUUUGCCCUGAGAUUUGUCAGUGAUGUGUAAUGUGUUAGUGCAGGGAAGAGGGACACCGUGAGCACUGCUCUCAUUCUUGCACAGCUCUUAGUGUACCUCAACCCAGAUGUGGAGGAAGAUUUGCCCAGGGAGCAAGAAGGGAGCCAUAUUCCAGGCACUGUCAUUUCUGGGCUUUUUGAGAAACUGCCUGUGGAAGUACCGGUUGUACUGAGCUUUUGGGUUUUCCUCUCUAAAGACACCAUAAUCUAUUUCUGUAGAAUAGUUAAAUAUAAAGUCUAGAUGAACAGCUGUCACUAGAGUAGGAGAGUUACAUUCCGAUCCCUCUCUAGUAGGACAUCCAUCUCAUUGGUGCUACCGCACUAAUGAUGGUUACUUUUUCAAAACCGGACAGCUUGAUGAGGGACAGGAAUCUCCUGAUCGAGAGAAGCCACCAGCAGUAUUGCAGCCACGUGAGAGCUUCUGGAGGAGGAUAGGAAGUAGACUCACAGAUGGGCUUUGAGUUGUCAAACUGAAGAAAAGUAACUUGUCCUCAUUUUUUUUUAUUCUGCAGAAAGAAGCUGUUGUCUCCUUUGGCUUCUCCUGUCACUGAAUAGGAUUAUCUAUUUUUUUUUUGUUUGUUUUUCUUCACUCUACCAACAGAUGUGAAAGAAGCAGCAGCAUCUGCUUUAAAGCUGCUUGCUGGAACCAGCAUCAGAGAUCCCCACUCUGGGAUGUGAUGUAGGGGAAAGCUUGUUCUGUGGUGAUAUUUGUGCAACAUCCCGCCCUUUCUGCUAUCAUUGUGUACAGUUAUGUGGGUUUUUUGUUUUGGUUUUGUAUUUUUAACCUAUAUUAUCAUUCCUAACUGAGGUAUGAAUUGCGUGCUCACUGAGCAGGUGAUGCAGUAGCUGUGGGGGAUUUGGAGUCCAGGACUUCAUCCAGGUAGUCUAUUAAUUCUGCUCUUGGGGAAGGAUGGAAAAUGUAAACUGGUACUCCCCGAGGAAAGCAAGGCUUCUCUUACUCUUCUCCCAUCUCAAGGAAAAGAUGAAAGAGAAAGCCUAAGUUUGUUUUGUUUCGUUUUCUUGCUUGAGUUGCUCAGCUUUUCAGAGGUGUAGGUAACUAUUCUGAUAUAACUGUGACUUUGCCUUGUGAAAUAUGUCUCAACCCAAUUAGCAGUUAUGUCCUUGCAAUGGCUGCGAGUAAUUAAAUGAGAAACAGUGUCCUUAGCACAGUCCAUGCUGCGUUACGCAGCUGUUAGUUUGAAAAAGAAAAGGCCCAUCCUUACCAAGAUUACCCUUUUUGGCCCACACCUCUCUGCCUGUCAAAGGUGCUGAUCUGUAGAGUAGCUUGUCUUGUGUGUCCUGUCUGUAGAGCGCAGAGCAGCUGGAAGGGCUGGCACUGUAUGUGUGUCAUUCCUUUGAGGACAGGGAACCAGUCAACAGAACUCAACUGCCUGCCUGGUGCCUGCUUUUUAUUUUUUCUCCUCUCAUAUACUUUUUCUUUUAUCCAACUGCAGUCUUUCAGGAGGGAGAUCAUCAGCACCAGCUUCUGUUGUCACAAGAUGCAUUUAUGUGUGUGACUUCAGACAAACAAGCAAUAAUAAGGAAUAGUGUACUUUGGAUCACCAGGCUGCAAGGAAGCUGUCCUGCAGCCUCAGCAGCACAGGUGUGUGCCUCUGGCUGCUCUCUGUGGCUUGUGUUACCCUGCUUGUCAGCACUGACACCUCACUGCAAAGCCUGUAGCGCUCUCUGACAGACUGCAAAAUCUGUGUAGUUGGGCUUGGGAUAUCUGUAAAAAUCCAUCACAGUGGCCUCGAGCGCUCUCUUACACCACUGUCUCUUAAAAUGUUUCCAUGCCCUCAGCAGCUUUACAAAGCAGCGUGGUUAAAAUUUUAUUUUCUUAAAUGUCUACUCUGGGCACAGCCAGCUGACAUGCGCAGGGCACAUCUAUCAACUUUUCUAGCUCUUUGUACUGAGACGGAGAUGUCAGGAAGAGAAAUACCAAGGAAUAACUCAGGCCUUUCCUGCAUUCUUGGUCUGUGCAGGGAAAAAGGCGGCACGCCCAUGAAACUGGAGUAAAAGGCUGUCUUAAAAUAGCUAAGUGCUUGCUAAAACCCAGCAUUUCCAAGGGUCUAAAUGCAGUUGGCACUCACUGUCUUCAUCCCUUUGGUUGUGCAAAGCUGAAUCUAGGUUACACCUAGCAAAUACUCCUAGGUUUUCUGCCCAUCUGAGGGUGCUUUUCUACUGGGGGCCAUUUUCUGACAGCUACUGAUGAACAUGAGUCUGAACACGCGGUCAGCAAACUCCUUGUUUUAUAGUGAUGUAACAAAGUUUUCUUGUGAUUGGAUUUUAUCAUGGUUUUUGACUUUCUUACAGGAGCAAUUGCUCUUUUAAAAGACUUUCUACACGUUGCUAGGUUCCCUAAAGAGAUCAAAGAUGUUUUUAAUUCACUUUAAAUCUUUGUGUUGAGUUCAUUUAAAUGUCUGUUAUAAGCUAUUUUUGUUGUGGUUGCAGGUUGAUAAAAUGCAACUAAAAGAAUGCAUGUGAAUUGCUGCCCCUCAAAAGCAGUGCAGACAAGGGGCUUUAGUAGACUUACACUUGCUGGAAAAGCAUCAAUGUAUGGAGUAACAGAACAUUGGUAUUUUUUGCCAGUACAACUAAAGACACUUGAAUAAUUCCUGUUUGCACUUAAUGCUAUUGUUUAUAUUGCAUGUCACUACAUUUCUAUGCAAAACAAAUAACCUUUUUUUGGGAGGAGGGGCAGCCAGAUAUUUGAUUAAGUAAGUAUAAAGAUCUUUGCAAGAUGAUCUAUUUUCAUAUUUAUGAAGGAGUUUUACGUCUUAAUAUUUUGCAGACUGUAAAUAGCUCAACUUGUAAUUAAAGGCUUAGGAAGAAGUUUGUAGCCUGUGUAUAAUAGUAAGUUAACACUGCCAGAAAAAAAAAAAUCUUUGCAAAACAAUUUUUCUAAUAUUGUGGAUAUUUAUGAAUAUGUAAAGAAAGCACGUCUUGUUUUUAUGUUGAUUGACCUUUUGACUUUUUUUGAGCUGUAGAAAUGGUGUAUGUUUUAUUGGAACUGCAAUAAGAAGUAACCAAAGAUGAAUCCAGUUAAAUAUUUUCAUAAUUUUUUCUUGGUCAGGUUUUGUAAACUUUCCCAACUUGCUUUCAAAAUAAAAUUAAAAUCAAGG